AUGGGAGAGGGCGACCCCUCGCAGUGUCGCCUCUUGGCCGGCCCCGCCGCGAUCGCCGCCCAACUCCUGCUGGCUGCCUUUGCCCUGGCCUCGCUGCUGUACAAGAGGCACAUUGAGCGCCCGCAGCGCCCGCUCAACAUCUGGGGUCUCGAUGUGUCCAAGCAGGCUAUAUCCAUGCUGGCAGCCCACGCUUGCGGCAUGCUGAUAGCCCUCAUAGCGCACAACAGCGUGGAUGCGGGAGCCUCCUCUGAGUGUGGCUGGUAUGCCGUUGCCUUUGUGUUUGACACUACCGUCGGCCUGCUGCUGACCAUAUGUCUACACAAGGCGGCGCUGCGAGCGGCGCAUUGGUACGGCGAGCGGCACAGCCAGCGGUACGGCCAGCCGCUGCAGCUAGAGACAGCAGACGGCGGCGGCGGCACGACCGUCGCAGCAGCCGCCGGGGAGCCGUGGUUUGCGGCGCUGCAGCUGUGCGGCAACUAUGGCGACCCACCCUCGUACCGCCGCUGGAGCAUCCAGCUGGGGGAGUGGGUGGGGUGCGUGGUGCUGGCCCGCGUGCUGUGCGGUACACUUGUUCUGCUGCUGGGGCAGCUGCUGGUCCAUGUGGCGCAGGGGCUGGACGGCCUGUUCACCGGGCACCCAACAGCAGAGCUGUACGUGGUGAUGAUCUGCUGCCCCCUGCUGCUUAACAUCUGUCAGGUGGGCGCCAGCCUGGCGGCGCUGAUUCAGGACUUGGUGCUGAAGUGGCGUGCACGCGGCGGCGCCAAGGAGACCAGCAUGGCGGCAACAGGGGCAGCGGAGCGGGAGGCCUCGCUGCUGGGCGCCGCCACUGAACGCAGCGCACCGGUGUGA